AUGGCUGGAGUAAGAGCUCACCAGGAAGAAAACCGGAGUUCUCUGAAGCCUGAGAAGGACCUGUUGCAAAUGAUCCUUGAGAGUCAGGAGACGACUGCCACGACCAUAUCCUGGAGUUUGAUGCCGUUCGCCUUGCACCCUGAGCGGCAGGACCGCAUCCGUGCUGAGAUCGUGGAAUUCUGUGGAGAUCGACUCUGUCAUGGUGGUUCCCUAGACUUCGAGAACGCUUCAGAAGCUCAAAGUUGUAAGUGUUGUAUGAUUUGGCUUUUAGGCCUCAUCGCGGGCUUGCUAACCGUGGUGACUCAAGAGACGUUGUGCCUCUACUGCCCUGCGAUCGUACUGGUGUACAAUCGACGUGCCCAAAGGCACCGGGAAAGAGCUCAAGCCGGAGAGGUUCAAGGACGUGGUGUCCGAGGGUUGCAAGCAUCCUCAGGCGUACGUGCCAUCCGGGUACGCGAGCAGGCUGUACUGGUACGAACUUUCGUGAUGCUGGAGAUGAAGAUCGUCCUCACCUUCAUCCUGUCCCGGUUCUCGUUCUCCCUCUCUCCCAAAUAUCGACCCUCCCCGGUUUAUCGGAUGGUGUUGGUGCCGGAAUACGGGAUGAGGCUCGUCUUGAGGAAAAUCUAG